UUGCCAGGCGACAGGCCACACAUUCUUGAAAGCUCUGCUGAGAAUCAAGUCCUUCUUCUUUUGUCCUCGGCAAGUUAUUUAUUCUUUUUCUUUCAAAUGGAAAGCUGCAAUUUCCUUUAUGUGAACACCUUGGUGCAAGAUUAUCUGAAGUACAUUUGUCAAGAGGCUCAACUCUCCGCAGCCCCAAACAGGGUGGCUGAAGUCCUUCGUAAAGCGGGAUCGUCUGCUCAGAGAGAGGUAGAAGACAAGCUGAGACCUUACGUGGACUCACUGGAGAUUCAUUCGGUAGAAGGAGCCAGUCACGUUUUCAGCCAAGUGAUGGAAAACGAAUUUGUGGAUGGCGAAAUUAACUGGGGACGCAUUCUGACAAUAUUCCUGUUCGGUGGCAUCCUGGCCAAAAAACUCCAAGGACCGUUGGCAAAAGAAAACUUGAAACAGAUCUCUUAUUUCAUCACAGACUAUAUCGUGAGCACCAAAGGAAAGUGGAUCAACGAGAAUGGAGGAUGGG